UGCAGCAAUGUUACUUACGUCACUACCGGUAUCCUACGAGUGCCGUAAAGUGAGCUGCCUAGCGGCCCACUGCAGGUCUGGGGUGAAUUGUACCGCAAUGCCGCCCAAGAAACCGUCGGCGCCACAGGCUAGCAAGAAAACUGACCAGAAGAAGAAGGAGAAAGUAAUAGAGGACAAGACAUUCGGCCUUAAGAAUAAAAAGGGGGCCAAACAACAGAAGUUCAUCAAAAAUGUUACUCAUCAAGUUAAAUUCGGACAGCAGAAUCCUCGACUGGUUACACAGACAGAAGGCGAAAAGAAAACUACAAAAGAUGCCAAAAAGAAGGAACUUCUGGAACUGAAUGAUCUUUUUAAACCGGUAGUAGCUGCGCAAAAGGUCAGCAAAGGUGCAGAUCCAAAAUCCGUAGUCUGUGCAUUCUUCAAGCAAGGCCAAUGCACCAAAGGUGAUAAGUGCAAGUUUUCUCAUGAUCUGUCUUUGGAACGCAAAUGUGAAAAAAGAAGUGUUUACGUUGAUGGAAGGGAUGACGAACUUGAAAAGGACACAAUGGAAAACUGGGAUGAAAAGAAGUUGGAAGAGGUGGUAAACAAGAAGCACGGUGAAGCUGAAAAGAAGAAGCCCAAAACAGAAAUUGUUUGCAAGUUUUUCCUUGAUGCGAUAGAAACCAACAAAUAUGGAUGGUUUUGGGUGUGUCCUGGUGGAGGGGAUACAUGCAUUUAUCGUCAUGCCCUCCCUGCUGGUUUCGUGCUUAAAAAAAACAAAAAGAAGGAAGACAAGGAAGAGGAAAUUUCAUUGGAAGAUUUAAUAGAAAAAGAGCGGGCAGCUCUUGGACCAAAUGUUACUAGAAUCACGUUAGAAUCUUUUCUUGCAUGGAAAAAAAGAAAAAGACAAGACCGGAUUAUAAAAGCUGAAGAAGAAAUGGAAAAAAGAAAGGCUGAUUUCAAAGCAGGGAAAUCAUUGGGGGUCAGUGGCCGAGAAGUGUUUGAGUUUCGACCUGAGCUUGUUGACGAUGAUGAUGAGGAAGCAGAUGACACACACUAUACACAGGGAAGGGAUGACGAUGAGGAGGCUGAUACUACAGAUAACAUUCAGGACAUAGACUUGAGUCGGUUUGUUCUAAAAGAUGUUGAUGAAACUGGCAUAACGGUUGCAAGUCUGGAGCGCUUCAGCACGUCCAAUACACCGGCAGAAAAAGAUGACAUAAAGCUAAGUGAGGCAUCAGGAGGGGAAAUUGAAAAUGGAGCGGAAAGUGGCCAUGAAGAUGAUGAUCUGGAACAUGACUUGGUUGAUGCUGUCCCUGUUGAUGAAAAUCUAUUUACUGGAGAAGAUCUAGAUGAGCUUGAGGAAGAACUAAACACACUUGAUUUAGAAGAAUGAAUAUUUGUUUUCCCACCAUUAAAAGUGGUAGACAAUCCUGUCUAUCUUUUCCAGUCUAGGAUUUUGUACCAGAAUGUUAAGGAUUUCUCCAGCUGCUUCUAAAGGCCAUGUCAGAAUUUUUUUUUUUUUGUGUUUUAAAUUCCGAUACUUAACAACCCACAAAAUGUCAGAAUAAUUUGUUGUGAAAAAAUCAUAUUUGGAUAUAGUGGUACAUUACUUGCUGAUUCAACUAAAAUGGUCAUUUCAUAGUUUUAACCUUCAAAUCAUAAGUUGUUUCCAAAGAUAUAGUCCAUUUUGAAAAUGUAUUUAAAGUUUUUUUUUCUUCCUUUUUUGUUUUGUUUGCUAGUAUUUGGAACUGUUGAAGAUUGCCAUUUUUGUUCCUUUCAAAAAUGUACCUUCAGAUUAUAUACUACAUUUGAAGUAUCACUGAUCCUCUUGACAUCAAAUUGUAAAUAAAAGUUAUGUGGUCUUCAUCA